AUGGAUGUGCGCAAGGCCCAACCUCCGGCUCUGCGGAAUGACCCAGCGGAGAGUUUCAGACCGCCAUUAAUCCUUUCCGAGAAGAUCCAGAAGAAUAAUGGCCCCACCGUGGGACGCAAGAGCCAGACAAGGGAAGUUGCAUCCAGGUGCAAGGCCGAACUCACCCCUGUGGCCAUUUCCGUUCCCUCUAAGCCUUCAAAAGCACAGAGAUCCCCAUCGCCCAGUGUCCGCUCACCGUCUCCAUCCUUGCCCAAGCGGUCUCAGUCGGCAGAUAGGAGACGACCUGCAACGCCUACCCAUCGGAUUUCACCAUCAGCAUCACCAUCCUCGUCAAGAUCUUCGACAACAAUGUCCUCACCAUCUUCUAGGCCUUCAACACCUGUGCGUGAUGUUACGGAGGAUGUGCCAUUUUCUUCCAGGAGAAGAGGUGGCAGCCGGAUGCCAGAUGGGUUGUGGCCGUCCAUGCGGAGCCUGACUUCUUCAUUUCAGUCGGAGUCGGUUUCUGGCCGCCCUAGAAAUAGUGAUAAGCUGCUUUCAAAUUCUAAUCAUACCCAUCUUCAGAUGUUGAAUUCUUCAGAUAACCUGAAAAGGGAGAGGAAAACAACUCCUUCAAAGGGGAGGAAUGCCACUGAUCAAUCAGAGAAUUUGAAACCGGCCGAGAACCCACAUUGCAGAGUAUUGGAUCAGAAUCGGUGGCCUAGAUCGGUGAACAGUAAAAUCUCCUCUAGAUCCAUGUCGAUGAGCAUGGAUCUCACUGACAGGGUCAGCAGAUUGAGCUCCUUGCCGGUUUCGUUUCGUGGGGCUUCACCGGCGAGGAAAGCUCAUAUCACAGACGGACCUCGCAGGGGUCCCCAGAAGAAUGCCGGUGAGGUGGCCAGCCAAACAUGUUCUGAUGUAAAUGGACUGGUGAAGGAAUUCAACGCCGCCACAAGCGUUCCAGCAAAACACUUAGAAAGAGAUCCGUCUGUGACUCGUCCAAGAAGAACAGUAUCCCUUCCUUUGCCAGGAUCACCCCGUUCUUCCACACCUUGUAAGAUUUCUUCACCAUCCGCCUUCUUUAGGAGCAUGGCAAGUCCAUCCCCCACAAGGUCGUCCACUCCGCCAUCAUCCAGCAGGAAUUCUUUGCAGUCAAGCUCCUCUAGGACCAUAGCCAGUCCUUCCCGCUCAAGGCCCUCCACUCCAAACAAUCCUGCUGGUCGAACUGGCUUUUCUUCUAGCCAAAGCUACAUGGUUGAUGUUCGAAAAGGAAAGAAGAGUGCCAAUCAUAUAGAGGCUGCCCACCAGCUGAGGCUGCUAUACAAUAGGAAUCUGUUAUGGCGCUUCGUCAAUGCCAGGGCUGAGGCGUCAACGUCCAUGCAGAAAAUGACAGCAGAGGUAGUGACUGCAUAUAGCUUCUCAAAAAAAAUUGUACAAAAUUUUUACCGGUUUGUUUCAGUGUAUAUCGUUUCUUUUCCAGCUCUAUGUUUAUUGUUAAAGGCUCGAUAAAUGAAUAUUUCGUAGACUUAAAAAAAUAAGUGACAUGCCUAUGCUUUUGGUUGAUGCACGAAGCAUUAAGGUCACUUCUCAUUACAUAAGAUUUUUCCAACUCAUUAUCAUUCCGGGUCGUGCACAGCCACCUUAGUGAUUUCUCCAUCUUGAUUUUUCUGGAUCUUUCAAGAACGUUCCGUUUUGUCUUACAUAUCCUCCCGUUUUGCCCGACCUGAGAUUUUACUUUUUUGUCCGCCAUACACAUGAGGUGGCUAGGUGGUCGUGCCUUCUAUAAUGCUUCUUCUGGCGAACAUAUUUUUUCUGCUUUAUGUUUAGUGUAUAUUUUAAUGCCAGUGCUGCAAUAAAGCUAUGUAAUUCGUUCUCCGUCUUUCAGGCCAAACCAUUGAGAGAGAAAUAAAGUCAUUACUUGUUGGCAUAAUUGUUACAAAUAUUUUCGGUUGUUUUAUAAAGAGCUUACUCAAUUUUCUGGGAUGGACUGCGGUUACUUAAUCAAAUUAUACGGCAUAGGCUUGUGCCAGUUUGCUGUUAGUUCUUUUGAAUAUUAAUUAGUCAUUCAGUUCAUGCGCAAUGGGUUUUUUUGACAUGGCGCAGUCUUUGGAUAUUUCUUACAUAUUAAUACUCAUGACAAUCGUAAAUAUUUUAUGAUGGAAUUUGAUGUUUACCGUAAAGAAUUAACUUGUGAAGCAUUAUUUAACUACCUUUAUCUUUUCAUUUGCCUUGAUGUGAUCCAAAAGGUUUAACUUGGCUAAAUAGAAAUUAUCAUAUUCAUAUAUGGAUAAUAUUCUACAAACUUUAUUGCUCAGAGUAUCCUGCACAGUGUGUGGGUAAGCAUCUCGGAAAUGCGCGAUUCUGUCGUCACAAAAAGGAUCAGUGUGGAGCAGUUGAGACAGGAAAUGAAGUUGGGUCUAAUUUUGAGAGAACAGGUGUGAUUAUGUCUUCAUUCUUAGUUUUGAUACGCAUUUGGAAAGUUCAGUAGCUUUUAUAUGCAUGACAUAAGAACUGGCAUGUCCGUUUGGGUAAAUUGUAGCAGUAGAUUUCCUGUAUCCCUGCUUAAUACGGCAAAUUUUCAAAGUAAUCAGUGGAUUUUCUUUUCUCAUCGAAGAAUAGUAUUUAAGCAUUCAUUUCAAGCUUAUUGUGUUUAUUGCAACUGUAAAAACUAUAUUUUGUAUUUAUUUCGUUUCCAGAAAUAAGAUCAAAUCUGUUAUAUCCAGAAUCUUGUUCGUCUGUUUUUGAUGUCAAUAAUAUUUCAUUUCAUCCUACUUCAAAAUAUGCGUAUAUUGUAUUCUUAGAUCUUUUCGCCAGACAUCAAGGGCUACAUGAAUUUCUACUUUGGAGUGUAUCCAACAAAAACCACAUUGAAUUUCCACCUUAGAUCAUUUCCCCAUGGGAUUGAAAGUAGUUUGUUUUCAUUUAAAAAUAAUUUUCUGAUAAGGCAUAUGAAUUUUUUAAUCUGGAUUCUUGAAUUGUUCAAAUGGCUCAGAUGGCCUAUAUUGAAGACUGGGGACUAUUGAAUAGGGAGCAUUCGAGUUCCUUAUUAGGAGUUACUGAGGCUUUGAAAGCAAGUAUCCUCCGGCUUCCAGUUACUGGGGGAGGAAAGGUACUUUUGUGCUGAUAAUGUGACUUCCUUUUUUUCCGUUACCUUUUUUUUUUUAAUGCAAAGGUGACGAUUAAAUGGUUCCUAACCAUACAAGCUUUGUUCCUUCAGGCAGAUGUCCCUGCUUUGAAGGACGCUAUCAGUUCAGCGGUUGGCGUUAUGCAGGCAGUACUCUACUCUAUCAACCAUCUACACUCGAGGGUGAGCAGUUAUCAUUCUGAUUAAUUUAAUAUCAUUUUCUUUACCAUGUCAUGAUUUUGAACUGUGAAUCCUUUUUAUUUACUUUCCAAAGAAAAUAAUCUGAGAAGGUACGAUUUUGGGAUGUGUAUUCCGGGUAGUUCUUGAUGAAAUGAGAUCAAAGAGCAGAGACUCAGGGAGUAAAGUUAAGAAAAAGGAGAAAAAAAUAAUAUUUUCCUCAGAAUAUAGAAAUAAAAGCUCAGAUGUAUUCUUCAUGAUAUCAACAGAAAAACCGAAACAUGAAGAAUUAUAGAAGAAAUUGAUGCUGCAAAAAUUUACGAAAAUAUACGUCUGCCUUGGUACUAGGCAGCCACCAAAGAUCUUAUCAAAUCUAUUCUGGUAUCUGAAAUUAAAUCCCAAACCCUUGCCAUGUCUCAUAGGAUUUUCCCAAGUAAUUCUAUCUGUGGCAUUUCUAUCAUUAUGUUUUAGCAGACCUUACUAAGUCACAGUUGUGUUUGCAAGAACUCCCGAAAUUCCAUGCUACUCUAGCCCACGCCAUCUUUAUCUAUUUCUCUUCUUUCUUUCUUUUUCUUUUUUUUUCUGGCGGGUUAUCAAUUUGAUGCUAAACUGAACGUAUAGUUUUAAAUCAAAUAUGCGGAACCAGGUAAUGCCAAACGCUUCCACAAGGGAAGCCAGAGGACCUACAACCCUUGCUUGUGGACCAGCUGCGACCUUUGUUCUAUUGGGUUUGGUGGUUGCUACCAAGACGAUUUCUUUAUGCCCUAAAAAGAACCUAGAGAUGCUAAUCCACGACGAUAGAGAAAUGCAAAAGAACUCAACUAUGGAUAAUUCACAGGUUUCACUAAAAAGGAAACAAACUGGGCAAAUACUUGACAAAUUUUAUCUUUGCAGAUGGUUGAUAAAUUCUCUGCGGUGUCAGAACUCGCUGAGGUAGCUGUUCUGGAAAGGGCCAUGCUCAACGAAUGCAGGGAGCUGCUGUCCUCUGUAGCAGCGAUGCAGGUAAAUAUAGGAAUGCCACUUUUUUUUAGAUAGUGGAAUAUACAUUAAUUAAGAGAUCAACCAUGCUUGCCAUUAAAAUAAUAAUAUAAAAAAAACUCUGACGACUGAGAGUCUGUUCAUCUCCAUAUAUAUUAUCGACAGCUUAUUUUUCAUCUACAAAACUCGAUUGAAUGAGGUUAUUAUGCCAUUUUUUGACACCCAAUUAUCAGAAAACUGGGUCUUCGGUUCAAUUAUGAACAUUCACAUGGGCCGCCGGCUGUGUAACACUGCUAACGAUUCUCUUCGAGCAGGUACAUGAAUCCAGCCUAAGAACCCAUCUCCUGCAACUGAAGCGAGAUGCAAUCAGGUUGAACCCAGUGUAA